AUGCACAGCGCGAGCACCGCGAGCAGCGUCGGCACACUGAAGGACCAUGUCGAGGCGACGUGGCACCUGGCCACGGAGAUGUCCGUCGUCAUGGGCUUCCGCGGGGGGCAGCCGCUGGAGGUAUUCAGGGGCACCGACGGUGACGGGCCUGCCGUGUCUGCGCCCAAGGCAACCGCGAACGAGCCGUGCCUGACCCUCGUCGCCCCGAGGGAGGAGGCGGUCAUACACGCAGGGUACCGCCUGCCCGAGGAGGGCGACCAGGUUGCUGCGAGGUGCGCCUUCGAGCCGAGGCGCGCCGCCAAGGACCAGUACGGCGUGCUGCGCACUGCCGCGCUCAGCCAGCUCAGCCGGGCCGAGACGCCCGAGCUGCUGGGGAGCCUGCGGGAGCUGAGUCCCAGCACCGACGUCGAUGACAACAGGUCCAACAGCAGCAACUUCUCGCUCGGGGGCGUCUCCAAUUUCCGGUCGCAGUCUGGGUCGCCGGGCUGGGCGCCCGCCUCCAGCGAUGGGCCUGGCGCCAAGCGGCAGCUGGUGCUGCUGUUCGACAGCCUGGUGGAGCGCGACCUGUGCCUAGAGGAGCUCGGCCUGGCCGAUGCCGUCUCCGGCCCGUGCAAUACGGCCGUCUAG